AUGGCGAAGGCACGAACAUCGCUGCGGCACGCAGAGGCCAUUGACGUACACGAGGACGAAAUCAAGCAAGAGGAAGCCGAGUCGACACUGGAUGAGAGUAUGGAUCCGCUCGACGAGAGCGGUCACACAGUCGACAGCAGCGAGGAGGAGGUGGAAGACUCUGUGCAAGAAGACAUGGCACGCUUCGAGGAAACAUUUGUCGGAAUCAACAAGCGUUUCCGGCUGAUUAAUCGGAUUGGAGAGGGAACUUUCUCCACUGUUUACAAGGCCGAGGAUCUGGAGUACAGCAAGUACAAUAAUGACUGGGACAUGGACAAGCGGGAGAUUCCAAAAUGGGUGCCAGCUGCCCGCCGGAAGCAGUAUGCCAGACAGCAACCCCACUAUGUCGCGAUUAAGAAAAUCUACGUUACAAGCAGCCCAAUACGCAUCUUCAAUGAGCUCGAGCUCCUCUACGACCUCCGGGACUCCGACUCGGUUUGUCCACUGAUCACGGCCUUCCGCCAUCUGGACCAAGUAGUCGCUGUACUGCCCUACUUUCAGCAUCGCGACUUUCGGGACUACUACCGCGACAUGACCAUCGCCGACAUGCGUCCCUACUUCAAGAGCUUGUUUACGGCGCUUGCAGCAGUGCAUAGCAAAGGCAUCAUCCAUCGUGACGUCAAGCCUACCAACUUCCUCUACAACACGUCGCAAUCCCGUGGCGUCCUAGUCGAUUUUGGCCUGGCGGAGCGCGAGGGCACAGACUGGCACAACUGUGCCUGCCGUAUGUCAGAAGAAGACCGGCGCUAUAGGAUCUCACACAGUGUCUAUGCGCAGACGCAAUCGGCAGGCCACAACGCCUCUGCUUACCCCAAGAAUGACACACGCAACAGCCGACGCGCCAACCGAGCGGGCACGCGUGGCUUCCGUGCGCCCGAAGUUCUCCUGAAGUGUACCCAACAGACUUGUUCCAUCGACGUCUGGAGUGUUGGCGUCAUUCUACUGACGAUGCUUUCGCGCCGCUUCCCAUUCUUCCACAGCGCAGACGACAUCGACGCCCUGCUUGAAAUCACAACCAUCUUUGGACGAAAGAAGAUGCGCGAAACCGCUCUUCUACACGGCCAGGUCUUCGAGACCAACGUGCCCAGCUACAGCGAAGGCGGUCACAGUCUGGAGAAGAUCAUCCUAUGGUGCACAGGUCGAACGGGCGACAAGACACAGCCGAAGAGGGAGUUGGACGACGAGGAAAAGGAAGCUGUACAGUUUCUCUAUCGACUCCUGGAAUGCAACCCAGCAAAACGCAUCACAGCUGCCGACGCUCUCGAGCACCCCUUCUUACUCAAGGCGUAUGGCGAGGACAGUGAGAUGGAGGAGGACUUGAUGCCUGACGGCACGGAGGAAUGAGGCGAGGGACGACAUGACAGCACUCACGACGUAUGAGUAAUAGCAUGGAAGGCGCAAUACGGGUGUGAGCAUAGUACAGGAGUUUUUGGCCAUGUAUCUUCUCGGCGCUUUGUCGAGUUACUGUGAUACCCUCUCACACAUUAUCUCAGCGUCGAUUGCACAUGCCUAUUGUUUGCAGUCUAGUUUAGCUUUGAUAAGGUUUCUUAUUCCACUUGUUAGAUCAGCA